CAGACAAAAAUCGAUAAGUUAGCUCAGGCGUCAAACUAGAAGAAUGUUCAUGAAGACAGCGGGGUUUCCUUGUUGCGCUAUGUAGGCAGUCAGACUUGGCCAUAAACCAUGUCUGCCACAGACUGGCUGCGCUGCAAGGAGCUACUGGUGGGGAAAGAAGUUUCUCCGUCUAGAGUGGCUGUUGUGUGCGAAGAAGUCGCGAAAUGUGUUGGGAUUCCAAUCCCAGAAAUUGUAAAAGCGGAUCCUGCGUCUCAUUUAGUAUUGGCUCUGCUUGGCCAUCACCUUGUUGAGACAGGAGGAGAUUUGGAGAAUGCCCAAUACGCAGUGGCUGCAGCUGAGAUUGUGUUGGGAGUUCUGCUGUCUCAGAUAGUUGCCGACACCAGAGACCAGUUGACCAAGCACCAGCUUGUUCGCAUUAUCGCUGGCCUUUGUGCGGGACACGAAAAUGGAGAUCCAUGCUUGCCGCCAGGCGAGCUCAUGGCUGUCAACGCAGUGCUGCACCUGUCCGGUGGAGCCAAACGUGUCUCGCCAUCAGAUGUGCCCUACUCCCAACUGAAAGCACGUAAAACUAGUGCCAGUGCAGCAGAUGACAGCACUUCUGACACGAAGACUGAUGAGGAAGAUGAUGGCAGCUUUGAUGACGAUGAAGAAGAUGACGAGGAAGAGGAUGACAGCAGCUCGGCUGAGGAUGUGUCAAAAGAAGUCAGCAGCGAGGGCAAGAAGCCUGCAGAAUCUAGAGAUGCAUCUGCAUCGCCCGUGGAAAAGGUGAGUUCCGAUGACAAUCUCGACCAUCGAACAAUGUCGGAUUUGGCAGCGUUCCUUCUUGAUAACACUGGGGUGGAUAAACCUGAAAGUCCUUCUGUGGACUACCCUCCACCUCUACCGGCCAAGCCGUUUGACUUACGUGCUGAAUGCGUCAAUGUGCUGCGCAAGUUGAAUGGAGUGCCACAGCUUUUGGAGACAGCGCUGGCGUCUGCAAGUUUGGCGAAGUGCAUUUCUGCUCCUCACGACCUCUCGCCAACUCUUAUUUCUUCCAGUGUCUCGGAUGCUCUUUUCUUGCAAACUGGCCUCACCCUGGCUGGUCUUGUGCCACUCACUGAUGCGAGCGGCAAGUUGUUAAAGGGCUGCGCUGACUUUGUGCUCCGCUGUUUCGACUCUCUCGUGGCCCAUCAGCACGCACUGCACUGCAAAUCUUCUAGUGACGCAGCAGAGGAGGGCGACCGUCCCCCGAGUACCUUUGACGGCAGCAAACUCGCCCGUCUGCUCGGCCACUUGAAUCAAGUGUUCAAGACUCUUAGUUCUUCCCUGGAAAAGCGGAGCAAAGACAUGCCCUCUGGUCAAGACUUGAACCUGCAGCUGUCCAUUCAACUAGCAUGUGGUCUAGUAUCCACUGCCAGCCAUGUGGCUAUCUGCAAGCACGCAGUUGAAGAUCCUUUCAGGUGUGUGGCAGCAUGCAAAUUUGCAAUCAAUGUGGCAGACACACAGAUCAAGGUCAUUACGAACUCUUGGAACAAAUGGAUCAACAGCACCAUGUUGAAACUUGCUCUGUCUGGUGAGUCUGAUGGCAACUCCAGCUCGGAGAGAGUGAAUGCCGGUGUUGCAGCACUCAUCGAGGGCAGGCUAUUGCACAGCCUGGUCUCUGUGAUCACCGUCAACUGCUUGAAGGCUACACGCAUUACCAGCUUACUGAUCACAGCCAGUGGACCACCAACAGCAAGCUUUGGUCGGCCACGCUCAUCGGCCCUGCUUCGGCGUAGCAAAAGUGUUGGUGACAGUGGAAGUAAGGCCCGCAGCGAGGGCAUUGCUUCUUUCUUCAAAACGGUCUCCCCUCCUCUUCCCGCGCGUGCUGCUGCUGCUGCACCUGACAUGACCUCGUCGUCUGAUGAUGAAGAGAAGCUGUUCCUGGAUGAGCUUAUGAUGACGAUGCCGGAUGAAGACCUGCCGAGUUCUGCGAAAGAGAGUAUUCCACCUGUGCAGACUGCCAAAGACGUUGUCACAGAGGUGUUGGACGUCGCUGGUCAAGGCUUGUCCUUGUUACGUACAAUUCUGAUGUGCAACAAUGCCAGCGUAACGGCGGCUAUCAAGCAGAAUUUGGCAGCCUGGCAGGUGUUGUCUCUUGGAGAAUUGCUGAGCGAAAUGGAGAUCAUUGGAAUGCUGUCUGGAAAAGAGGUCACAAUUGUCCACGAGCACCUGCUGCCACAGUUCUCUUCAUUUGUCUCUCGCCUGCUUGGAAUCACCCAGGCAUUGCUGCGACAACAACAUUUGGCUGAGAAUCAACAGGUUGCUCUGUUGGCAUCGCUUGGGUUUUCUUUGCUGGAGAAUGGCUCGUGGGCAUUACGCUGCAGUACUCAACGUGUGUCCGUCAUGGCCCAUGUGUUGGUAUUUGACCAAGAGCGUGGAGGCACUCUAGCCAACAGAGCAUUGCACAGAUUUGUGGAGGCGUUGUCGAGGGAGCUGUCUGAUAGCUCACCAGCACCACUGGGAGCUACAGAUGUUGGAGUGGCCCAUUUCCAGCUCAUGCUAACCUUGUUGAAUGGCUUGCCCCUGGCCACCCGUCAGCAAAUCCUCAAAGACCUGGUCCGAAUCCUCGUGGACUGCAGCAAGCGACAGGACCUCUGUCAACGGCCCCCUCUCAUCUUGAUGAGGGUCUUGCAGUUUGUAGAGUACUUGCUCUACCAUUUUGCGUAUAUGCCGAAAGAUUUGGCAGAGAAGGUGAAACACAACUUGUUCCGGACAUCUGAUUUUUCCACACUGAAGCACUACCCAUCCGCCGACUUCUCGCACGUUGCUUUUGAGAACGACAAGAGCAUUGAUCCUGGUGGAGCACAGCCUCAUCUACGCCUCCUGAUUGACAUGGUGCCACGGUUUUAUGGCCUUCGCCCAGAAGGCCCUCGAAGUCAAACAGAAUCAAGUGCACAAGCGGUGGCGUUUUUGCGUAGCCUGUGUGACGAGGGCUACAGCUAUGGAGACUUUUAUCGCAGCUUGGUGUCACUCUUGGCCGCUGGAAGCUUGUGUGGUGUGUCCGUGGAUGACGACCAGCAGCCAUCGUAUCAGAACCAAGUGCCACUGGCAGCAACCUCUGUUCGUAGUGCUGUGCGUUACACAUGGUCGAUGCUGUGCACUCUUCCAAUUCCCUGCUCUGCACUGGCUAACGCUGCUAAUAUGACGAGCUUGGAUGUGGCUGGCAUCACACCGGACUCGGCGCUGUCAUUGCAGGCAAUGCUUUACUUGACCAAGGUGAUCUUCUCUAGUUUUGUUGCUAUUCAACUGCGGGCUCUUACAUCCGACGAGAAGCAAGAGAAGUUUUCAGCAUUAGCGCAAGAGAGUAGCGGCAUGCAUGCCGACAUGGAUAUCUGCUUGUCCAUUGUGGUGAUGGCUCAAGAAGAAGUGGCUUCUGGUCAAAAGGGUACCGCCUUGGCCUUUGCUGGAUUCGAAGGGUGUCUAAAGCUACUUGGUGAGCUAGACAGCGAGAGUGUUCCUGCUCCACUGCUGCUGCUUGCACUGGGCAUCAGCACGUGGCAAACACGAUAUGGCAUCGACAGCUGGAUUGAUCACGUGCAAGCUGAGACUGACAGUAGCUUGGCUGACGCGGAGCAAUCAGCCGUGGAUACGCUUUGCCAGAAGUCCAUCAUUCUGGCGACGCGUGCGCUGCCCGUUGCUACUGCACAUGCCAGGAAAUUCAUUGUCCAAUCUGCCAAAUGCUGCUCAGCCAAUCAGCUUCCACCUCCGCUGCCAAGAGGAAGAGGAGGCAACAGUGAAUCUGGUGCCACGCGCACUGGAACUGCAUCAUCAUCACAGCAGCAAGCCCGGACCGCGGGCACUGCAUCUAGUAGCACUACUGCUUCCGCUGGUGGUGGUGCUGCUGCUGCUGCACUACCAUCCACCCCGACGAAUCCUCUGCCCUCGGGUGGUGCUGACACGGUGGAGCGAGGCAAACUCUCCCACAUCAUUGCCCACGCCAGGAAUCUGACUGGUGCGCUCAGUGGCAUGGCUAGUGCUCUUGAGGCUCUUUCAACAUCACCUGCCACUUCCUCUGCUGCAAUGGAUAUCCUUGAUGAAUUGGAUUCGUUCAGAGCCAGUAUCACUGGCAGUGGCGGUGGCGCACCACAGCAGGCGGACGAUUCUUCGCCCAAGGUACGCGAGGAGCCACAGGCACAGACACCGGCCGCUCCCGUCCCUCCGUGCUCUGAUGAGCUCCUGGCAGCUUACGAUCAAGUCCUGCAGCUUGGCAUCGUCUCAACAAAAGGACAGUUCGUCAGCUAUCCACUGGUUCUAGCUACCCCGAACUGGCUGCAGGCGUCUCUGUCGAAUUGGAAAGGCAUGUCCAUGAGCAAAUACCCUGCAACUGCUGAUGCUGAGGGAGGUGAUGAGCUUAAGAGCUUGAAUGAAUAUGUUGCAGCCCAUCUCUCGUCUAUGACAGGUGCGUCCCAACGCUUCGACGUGUGUGCUGCCGUCCGCCACACAAUACAGGGUUUGCUGGACUUCUGCAGUUCUAUUCGCAACUUUGUGGAGGAUGGAGAGUCAAUCCGCUCGCUUCUCAUCAAUUCUGUCGUGCCGUGCUUGCUGGAUGCUACUUGUCAGCCACUUGCAACCUGUUUCGCCCUAUUGGAAGGUGUACUGGGAUCCAGCACCUCUGCAGAGUUCAGGGACCAUGUGUGCCAGUAUACUGUCUCCAUGUACUUUGAUCUCAUCAUGAGACAGAAGACUGCCACCUCCUGUUUGCCAGAGAAGCUAUCUUCAGCAUUGUUCGCUGUACCGGUGUCCAUGUUGGAGUCGGACGAAAUUCGUUUCAUCGAAACUCAUUUCAGCGGAGAGGGAGACCUAUUGGAUUUGCUGAUGCUGUCGUCUCUGGCACACAUCGAUGGCUCAUUUACCUGCAGAUUGCUGUCUUUCUUCACCAAGUAUUGUGCUCAAAAAGCCAAGGCAAAACCCGUCAGCCAGUUGACUACACAGCUUUCUAGGCUACCGGAGCUGAAGGAGACAGAUCUGGUUAGCUGGAUUCGCCGUCUCAUCAUCAGUCUCCAGACGGACGACUUCCACAGCCCACGUGAUGCGUUCCUGGAUUUAAUCCUGGAGUUGAUUGCUAGCAGUGCUGUCAACGAUUCCUCCUACCUUGCAAUACUGAAAGCUCUCAUUCCGAUUGGUACUGAGCUGCUGAACAGUAACCUGAAUAUCAGCUUCUCGCUGUUCGUUCACUGUGCGUCAUCGCUUGCAGACGCGUGUAAGGAGAAUGGGCACAUUCUCCUUUGCACCGCUGCUGCAGAAUGGCUCUCAAUUGGUGAGGCUGUCCUUCUCAAUGAAAUGAAGGACGUGGACGGUGAAGACGAUGUGGUAAUCCUCAGUCAUCCCAUGCUAGAUUCUGUCACUCAGCUAAUGCGCUAUCUAUCCAACCUUUCAGCAGCUAUCAAGGUGGCAUCUGGAAAAUAUCAGAGCGACACGACCUCGGACGCUGAGCCUGGCUUGCAGGACAUUGAUGGCGACUGGGCUGAUGACAUACCAGAGGACGAUGAAAGUGAUGUUGAGUCCGAGGAUGAGUCCCUGAACAAGCUGUGCACGUUCACGACCACUCAGCGAGAGUACUCCAAACAGCAUUGGUAUCACUGCUUCACGUGUAACUUUGUCGGACACAUCGGCAUUUGUGUGACGUGUGCGCGUGUCUGCCACAAGGACCAUGAUACUGUCUACGCAAAGUAUGGAUCAUUCUUCUGUGACUGUGGAGCAAAGCAGGAUGGCUGCAAGGCUCUCUCCAAGCGCAGCAAUGACAAUGCUGACGGUGACAGCACCAGGUCCGCGUUCGACACUGGAGACGCAGUGACCGGCGGUCCGCAGCAAGAGUCGUCCACAAGGAGUGCCAGCCGUACGGUGGCUCAACGAUCCGCGCCUUCUCAGACGGCGGCCUCCCACGCGCCAGGUGCACCAACGCCUCGCAUUCUGACCAUGGUGGAAAGCAUCGAGGGCUGCAAGAAACAGCUCAUCAAGCUGAUGGACGAGCAUAAUACACCGCAGACGGUCCUGCAUCUUGUACAGACCUUGCUACCCCGCUGUGUGGCACAGGGACAGAGUAUCUUGUCACAGCAUGGCAGAUCAUUAGCCUGCAAGGCUGUUGAGCAAUUGCACAAUAGCCCGAAGGCAACCAACACCAGUGAAAGCCUUGUGAUUGGUACUGCUGGGUCGACGGAAGGAUUGUUUGAUAAUGUUCGUGUGCAAGUUAAUGGUGAACAGGGGAAUGUGAUUCGACAGCUCCUCAGCUCCUGUACAAUCAAGCGUUCGGCAAUGUGCGCCGUCGUUUCCCUGCGCAAUAAGAAGCAGCAUGUGGCUGUCAACCCUGACAAGGGAAAGAUCACCAUUCUCCAAGUGUCCGGACUCUUGCGGCAGUUUGAUAAUCAGCGCAGGAAGACACCUGCUUCAGGGGAAUCCGGAUCCCAGACUGAGUCGAAAAGGCGCAAGGUUACUACGCGCAUGACGUCCACAAGCGUGCCAUUCACAGUUUUGUCUCUGACCAGUAACCCUGUCAAUGAUGAGUAUGUGGCCGUCUGUGGACACAGGGACCUGCACGUCCUUGCUUUCGCCCCGUCUUCGCCAGGCACUGUGCAGCAGCACAUCUCGCUUCAUCCUGCCGUCGAGGGUAACAAUUGUAUUAUCAAGGCAUUGUGGAUUCCAGGAUCACAGACGCAGCUGGCUGUCAUCACGUCUGACUUCAUCAAGAUUUGGGAUUUGGGCGUAGACGUGCUCAGCCCCAUCUACAACUUCAUGCUGCCGAGUGGCAAGAUUAUCGACGCUACAGUCAGCGUGGUGCCACAGACCCGCUCCUCGCCUGCCCAGCAGCUGUUUGCUGUGAUGAGCAGCUCUGGCUUUGUGUACAUGCAGCCCAUCGAGGAUGCUUGCCGGGCCACUUUCGGACCGUUCUACAUGACAAAUGCUCUGACAAUUGAGUCAGCUGACCUUCCGCUUGGCUCUGGAAACAUCGCUGGUGGUGGAGUCUCUAUCUACUACUCACAUUGCCUGCAGCUGCUUUUCCUCAGUUUCCAGAAUGGUAAAACGUUUGCUGCACGCUUAGAGAAAGACCACCUGAGUGUUGCCAAGUGGUUCCAAAUCCCACAGAAAAGUGGCCGGUCGACUAUUCCUGCGCUGUACCAGUGGCUUGAGGUUGCUGGUCACCCAGGCUUAGUGUGUGCACUGACUGUCAGCAAUAACACACCUAUUGUGAUCAUGGUAGAGCCGGAGAAGAUUGUCCUCUGUGAAACGAAGCAGCUGGCCUCGAAGAGCAAGGUUCAAGGCAUUAUUGGAAUUCGACACAACGCAUCUGGCAAUGAAUAUCGCACUGCACUGAUUGUUCUCUGCGAGGAUGGAGCUCUCCGCUUGUUUGGCGUCGACCCUGGCCCAACUGAGUUCUGGACACAGCCAGCCUUCCACGUGGCCAGUCCACUUGCGUCUCUUUCGCCGGCUCGCCAUCAGAAGCCGACGAAGUCUGGCAAAUCCUUCGCAAGUUCAGCACAGCCUGUGGACUAUCUGGAGAAUCUGACAGUUAUGAAUGAUGUUGAGUUUGGAGGCAACGAUAUCCUUCAAGUAUACAGCCCCCAGCAGGCCAAACAGCGCCUUACUGUGGCCUCGCAGUAUUUGGCCUCCACUAAGUCAUCUGGUUUCACUAUCGACGUGACGAACACGAACAGCUCCAUGGUCAUGUGUGGCUGCCGUUUGCAAUUGGGUGGACAGUAUAGUAGUGAUCGCAGUACACCUACGUACGCUACCGUGCUUGACAAGACUAUCACAACGACACCUGGAGCUCGCUUGCGUUGGUAUGACAUACUGUUCUCCCGAGAGGAUGCCGUGCAAGCACAGAAGAAGUUCACUGUGACCAUCGGGCCCAGUACGGAUCCCAAUGGAAUCACCAUGGUUCAUUCGAUACGAGUUUUUGGGAAGUCAAAAGACUAUCUCAGCUGGAUGGAUGAUGUGGAGGACACUUCUGGUGGCGCCGGUUCUCUUGCUCCGAAUGAUGGUGAUCUGAUCGGUGAGCAGCAGCACCAAAACGCAUUGUCUUCUACUCCAUCCUGCGUACCAAUCACAACUGCUAGCAGAUUCUUGGCAAGUUCACUGGAGGUUCUCGAGAGCUAUUUUGCUACGGUUCAGUCGCUAGGUGCGCAGGAGAACAUGCUUGGUGUGGCGCUUACGACUGCCACUUCUCUACUGGUAGCGCCAAUGCCACCUCCUGUGACGGCACAGACGCACUGCCUCCUUGCUGCUCUGCAUCCAACUCGUCAAGCAUUCCACGUGCACAAGGAUCAAGCCCAGCUGGCGCACGUGGCACGCUGUUUGCAGUCCAUUGCCAAGCGCGAUGCCAGCAAUGACGCUGUGGUUGAGGUUGAUGCCAAAGAGGACAAUGUACUGCUGGAUGUUUCCACGUUUGAGCAUCUACUGGCAGUAGCACGGACUGUAGCUGUUGCGCGCCCCACCAAUCUGUUCCAGUUUGCUCAUAGUCCAGCGUGCCACCGAGCUCUCGGUCUCCUUCGGCCCGGCGAGGAUCACGUGUCUGACUCAUCAGGUGGUCAAAACAGCGUGGACGGCGAGGUGAAAGAGCCUGUGUUCAUCCGCUACAUAAUGACGGCGUUUUGGGAGCUGCUCGAGUCGCAGCCAAUCAACUACUCCGUUCUGCCUGUGUGGCAUUCAGGAAUGCGCAAUGUGGAAUCAGUUGUUACAGCUCUGGUGCAGAUCUUGCUGUGCUUCAUCAGCAGCGACCGUUCGCUUGCGCCGUGUUUGACUACGCAUCUUGUCAACAUGCUCAUAACCGAAAACACGACUGUUGGCUUCGCGUGCCGUCGUGCUAUAGUGAUGGCACUGAGCCCCACUGUGAAGCGCAAGGCCAGUGUACCUGCUUCCAGCACUCCUGCCGCUGGUCGCGAAUCUGCAUCCGCCGCAUCUGAACGUACAUCAGGCACUCCAGCCAUGUCCUCAUCACUGCAGCGACGCCAGGCUAGUGAAACUCCGCCGCCUAGUGACAACUCUGGUGCGAGUGGCGGCAGUAGUGCCAGUGCCAUUGCAGGCAUUGGACGUGGACGCGGAGGCUCUAGGCGGUCAGGAAUGCGUGGCAGGCUUCACAGUAUCUUGGGUGGUGGCGAUCGCGCUGGCCACUUGCUGGCUGCACUGUCAUCUAGCAACGCUGGUGUUCUACCAGCUGGGCUGCAGGACUUGUCCUCCAUUGACGCUGCAUCUCUUAUGGAAAUGCUGGAUGACGAGUCUGUUUCUCUGCUGCCGGCUGAUGGUGGCAGUGCUGGUAGCGGCAGUGGUCGGAGUUCUGGUGGCAGAGGGUCAAUGGCAGCUCAGAUUGAUGCUCUCCUUGGCGGUGACUCUGUUCAGCAAGAGGACAUCAAUGCUCUUGCUGAUCUUGUUGCUGAAGAUGAUUCCAUGAUGGAGAUGGCUCUGGCACUCAGCCUUCAGGAUGGUGGUGCCGAUUCCUCUCCUGCUCCUGGUGCUAGCAACAGUGCGAGUGCUGCCAGUGCAGGCAUCGGCCGCGGUCGUUCUUUGCUUUCCUCCUCCUCCGCCUCCCGUUCACUUAUCCAGCAGGCAUUACAAACCGGUAACUUGGACCAGCUCUCACAGUUGGCUCAGGUGGCUGGCUUGGAUGUGCACUCCUUUGCGCAAACUUUGGCGCAACACUCGGUCAGUGCCGAAAUGAACAUGGAAGCAGACUCCCAUGCAAGCCAAGAUGUCGAAGUCGGCUCUCUGGGCAGCACUGCAGCAAUGCAUCAACUUGUGUCUGACCAUGGCAGUAGCCAUGCCGCUGAGGUUGCCAGCACGGCUGGAGAUGUCCUGUCGCUACCCGAGUCUUCACAGGGCGUGGGCAAUGACGUAGGAAGCAGUGAUGAUGAUGACGACGACGACGAUGGCGGCCUGGUUGAAGGUGGUCGAGUGCAUCAUGGCGAUAGUCCCACGAGCAGUAUCAGUAGUAUGGGCGAUGCAGUCAGGGAGGUUGCUGGUGAUGCAAGGCUAAGAGGAGCGGCUGAAGUGAGCGAGGUUGAGUCCAUUGAAGGUGGUCAGUCUGCGGCCGGUUCUCACAGCGCAUCCCCUGCUCCGGCGGUUGCCAUUGCCACGGCCACCACGACUGGCUCUGCCAGUGCCGGUGCUGUUGGUGACAAACCUGCAGCUGGCAAGCGGUUUGCUACAUCAGAGCAGGGACACGCUUCUUCCGCCACUGGCGGCACCUGUGAACUGGUGGAAACGGAAGAUCCGGCUAAUACGGUCAUGUGCCAACGGCUGCAUUCCAUGAGUUUGCUGCUAAUGCACCACUUGUUGAAGAACAUCGGUCAGCUGGAUUCACUGGGCGGCCUACGUGCUAUACCAUACCUGCAGACUCUACUCAUGUUGUGUACACGCCUCGAUGACGUAGCCAGUCCAGACAAUCAGACUGCACUGCAAGAGCUGCUGGAAACCUGUAUCGGACAACUUGCCAUGUCUGAAGAGGAACAAGAGCGUGUGUCUGAACGUACUCCCCGUCACGAAGUGAAGCUAGUCUUGUUGCGCUUGUUAUCGGUGCUCAUGUCUCGCACAAGGCCGCAAGGAAAGUCUUCGGCCAACAGCGCAAUGAUGGUGUGCAAUGUAACUGCACAGACGCUGGUUCGUCACAACACCUUAGACUUCUGUCUGCUGGUGCUCAAGGGCUUGUUGCAGCACUGGAAUGCACAACCCAGUCAUAAGGAGGGUGAUGUGCGAGCCAGUUCCACUAGCAGUGGUACAUCGCCAAGUGGUGGUAGUGGAGGCGGCAGCAACAGCAGCAGCAGCAGUUCAGGAAGCACCUCGCUUCUCCAGGGCCAUUUGUCCUCCGCUAUUCCGGAUAUGUCUCCGUUCUUCUUAAAGGGCUAUGUCAAGGGACAUGCACGGGAUGUGUUCGAGUCCUUCCCACAGCUUCUGACUGAGAUCGUUUUGCGUUUGGCGUAUCUGAUCAAGAAAAUUUUGGAUCCAGACUGCAAAGACAUGAAGCUGUUUUCUUCCGACUGGGCAACAUGCUUGGCUGAAUAUCUACUGGCUUCCCAGCAAGUCGCAUGUGUUCGUAAGCAAGUUCGCAGUUUGUUGAUGUUGAUCUGUGGCUCGAAGGAGAAGUAUCGCUUGCGACGUGACCUCCACACGGUGCAGUCCCACAUCUCCAAAGUGUUCCAUGUUUGUGGAAUGGACAUGUCGACUCCGGGCAAUGUGAACGACGUGCGGCCAAUUUCUAUGCCGUACAACGAACUGCUCUCACUGAUUGAGCACCUUAGGGCCUGUGGAGAUGUUGCCACUCAGCGCGUGUCAGGCUGGCAAACGUUUUGCCAACAGAAUGAACACAUGCUCUUGCAGCUCGUUCAGCUCAGCCUGAGGCUAGUGGAUGGUGUUGUGCCGCAGAUCCUACUGCUGUUGUCAUGUGCCCUGACUGGCAAGCCAAGCCAUGCUGCCACGCAAGGAGAAAAGUCUUCCAAAUCGUCUAAGUCUGAGACAUCUUCAGGAAAGAUAUGUCCAGCGUUGAUCGACCGGUUCUUUGGCACAACGAAUACAGAGCUGCUGAUUCUCUUUACAAGAGCGUUCCUCUUGGAUACGAACAGCACCCCGGUGCGAUGGCAAGCACAUGCCCUUCUGCUUGCCCUGCAUAAGAAUGGCUCUCCUGAACAGCAGGCUCAACUCUGCAACAUCCUUUGGUCACUCUGGUCAGACUUACCUCGGUAUGGCCGCAAGGGCGCACAGUUUGUCGACUUGCUUGGGUACUUUGUCAGCUGUGGACAACUGUCUCCGGAGAAGGCUCAGCAGUGCUCUGCAAUGGCAGUCGCUUUGCUACGGCAGCAGAACAAGAUCAUGUCGAACCAUCCCAAUGGACAUAUCUACCACAUGCUGUCGGAUAUGGUCGAUUUUGAUGGCUACUAUCUGGAAAGCGAUCCGUGCUUGGUGUGCAACAACCCAGAGACACCUUUCACAGUGGUGAAGCUGUCUUCUAUCCGUGUGGAUUCCAAGUACACUCCAACCGCACAGUUGGUCAAGCUAGCGGGAAGCUACACCAUUGCUCGACUGCAGCUCCGUAUCAAUGACUCAAAGCGUGUCAAGAUGGUGCGCACGGUGAACCUCUAUUACAACAACCGCUCCGUGCAGAGUGUUGUCGAACUCAAGAACAAACACCAACUAUGGCACCAUGUGAAGCAAAUUCACCUUCAAGCCGGCCAGACCGAAGUCAAGAUGGAUUUCCCGCUGCCUGUGGUGGCUUGCAACCUGAUGAUUGAAUUUGCGGACUUCUUCGUAAACUCCCAGGUCAACCCGGAGACAUUGCAGUGUCCUCGCUGCAGUGCACAGGUGCCAACCGCGCCAGGUGUUUGCAGCAACUGCGGAGAGAACGUCUACCAGUGCCACAAGUGCCGCUCUAUCAACUAUGACGAGAAGGAUCCCUUCCUAUGUACCAGCUGUGGCUUCUCUAAAUAUGCCAAGUUUGACUUUGUGCUGCACGCACGCACAUGCUGUGCCGUGGACCCCAUAGAGAAUGAAGACGACCGCAAGCAGGCGGUGACGACAAUCAACAGCUUGCUGGACCGUGCGGAUCGGUCAUACCGACAACUGGUCAGCCACCGCGGCUUGUUGGAAGGACUCCUCGGUGGUGCUCACGUUGACUCAGAUUCAAAGGAGUCGGUUCCUCAAGAGCGGCAGCGAGCAACGCAGAAGCAAGAUCAGCAACCGCCAUCCAUGCGCCAGCAUGCUCAUGGUGUGCACCCCAACAUCAUGGCGGUGUCGCACAAGUACUCGUCCGAAUGCCGAUCAGCGUUUGACGAGCUCAGUAUGCUCAUACAGAAAGUACUGGCGUGCCGCAAGGAGUUGAUUGAGUAUGACAAUGCCCAGCAGCAGCUGGACGGUGUGGACCUGAGUGCGCUUAGCUCGGACCCGGACGCGCAUCAACACCUGCCACGCAGCGUGGCCAGCCUGGUCAGUGCUGGUGGUACCCAUGGUAACUGCUAUGGCUGUGCGUCCGCUGCUGUCGAUCACUGCAUCACCAUGCUGAGAGCUGCGGCACAAAGCACAGAAGUUCGGCCAAUGCUCAUCAGUGAGGGCCUGAUUGGUGAGUUGAUGGAGAGCAACCUGCAUCUGGGAACACAGCAGACACGCCAUCAUGUGAAGCAACUGCUGUGCCUAUUGACAAGGAACAACUGUCGUGCCACCCAUGUCAUGAACAAGGUGCUGUGUGGCCGUGUCAUCGGCGCCAUCAAAUCAUACAAGACAUUGCCCAACUUGGCUGGAGCUGUCCGUAAUGAAAUGGACUUGCUUCGCAUGAGUGUUCACAUGGAGGAUUUGUGUUGGGAGCAACGCUUGAGAUCAGUGUUCAAGCUGUUCUUGGCAUCUAAUUGCCUGCAUAACCCAGUGGUGAUGGACGCCGUCAGUCGACCAUGCAGUACCAUACUGCUUCAUGUUAUCAAACUAACAUCAAAGGACCAGGCACCGAACCAGACUCGUCGGGCACAUGGCAGCUUACUGCAUGCCAACGCCAUGGAAUGGCUGAAGAGGGAUGGUGGUUCGCGCAACUUCACCACCUGGCAGAGAUACUGCAGCACGGCCAAGGCGAAAACUGAGGAGACUGUCACAGCCCGUGAACACUACUUGCUUGUUAAGUACAGUCAGCAAUGGAAGCUCAAAGCUCGAAAGGCAUCGGAGUGGAACGCACAGGUCAGCCGUGACACAUGGUUGAUGCGGACACUAUUCUGCUCAUCCAGUCGGCAUGCACGUGUCACUGCACAAAACAUGAUUGAGGCUCUCUGUACCGAUGAUGAUCGUCGACAGCACAUGCUAGAUCUGAUGAUGACGUCGCUGAGUGAGCUAUCACAAGCCGCGCAGAAUGGCCGUGAGUUCAUGACGCUGUUCCAUGAGCUGCUCCGACCCCUCGAGUGGAAGUUGUACUUGACUGUCCGCGGCAUCUUGCCCCGCUUGGCCGAUCUCAUUAGCAUGGAGAUUGCCAAAUUGCAACAGCUGGAGGAGACUAAUCUUGGCUCUGAUUUGUCACAAGGAACUGCUCUCAAAAUGCUCACAGAGAUGCUGGCAGAGUUCCUGAAGUAUGAGCCCAUCAAGCAACGCUUCAAGUCUCGUCUGGUUGGUGCGGUACUAGACGGAUAUCUCAAUCUUAGACGUUUGAUUAUUCAGCGCACUAAGAUGGUGGAUGAGACGCAGGAGAUGCUUCUCAAGCUGUUGGAAGACAUGACGUCCGGAACUGAAGAGGAGACAAAGUCAUUCAUGGCCAUCUGUGUCAAGACGCUUAGCAAAUAUCCGAUGAAUGACCUUCGAACGCCAGUGAUCAUCUUUGAGCGACUCUGCAGCAUCGUCUAUCCAGAGGAGAACGAGAACACAAAUUUCCACCUCAUGCUCGAGAAAGACCCACAGCAGGAGGAAUUCCUGCAAGGCCGUAUGCAAGGCAACCCGUACAGCUCAAGUGACCCAGGUUUAGGGCCGCUAAUGCGUGAUGUGAAGAACAAGAUCUGUCGAGAUUGCGAGCUUGUUGCACUUCUGGACGAUGAUGCCAGCAUGGAGCUUCUUGUACGUAACAAGAUCAUCAGUUUGGACUUGCCCGUGAAGGAAGUCUACAAGAAGGUCUGGUGUGACGGUGCAGAUGGUGCUGCUAGUGAGAAGGUGAUGCGUGUAGUGUAUCGAAUGACUGGCCUACUGGGAGAUGCGACCGAGGAGAUUGUCAAGACCCUCGGCUCUGGUGCCGGUGACGGCAGUGACGAUGAGGAGCUCUUCCGGAUGGCGUCCGUCCUUUGCGAAUGCGCUGGUUUGGAGGCCAUGCUUGCCAGACUUGAACAUCUGCCAAACUUGGUGCGUGGCCAGCAGAUGUUGCAUGCUCUGCUCAAGCUGUUUGGCUAUGCCCUGAAGCUGAAGGCAAAUUGUCAGCAUCUGAUCGACCCAUCACGACGUGCUGUGCCUAUACUGCUUGCAACCCUCAACCAGGCACUCAGCUUGAAGCAGGAGUUUUGUAGCAAGGUGGCAGAGCAGGUCUUGUCCAUUUUGGAGACUAUCCUCCAGGAAGCUAGCCGAUCAAAAUCAGAUAUGGCUGCGCUGACUGCGGAAACGUCGGAGGUCGGAGUGCUCCUUGGUUUCAUCGAGAGCUCCUUUGUUCGUACGCACACACCAGUCCUGCAUGGUAUGAUGAAGGUCAUCCCGUACCUGACAUUUGGCCAUGCUGAGAGCAUGUGUGAGCUGAUUGACCACUUUGUACCGCAUCUCAACUUUGACGUGUUUGACGAGCACCAAUCUGCAGAGGAUGUCCUGUACAUGGACUGUUUCUGUGGUAUUGUUCAGGGAAUUCAGCCCAAUGAACAAGGUGAUCGUCUUAAGUCUCUGGUGCUGGAGCGUAGCAUUGUGCAGCACUCGAUUGAGCACAUUCAACAGCAUGUGCCGCAUUACGCCGCAAGUGCCGGUGGAACAGCGGACAAGGAGUGGAAAACGUUCCUGUCCAAAGCCUCCGUGCCGUACAUCAUGCGACUACUGACCGGCUUGUGCAAGGGACAUAAUCCAUCUCAGGAAUUAGUGUCUGCCAUCAUCCCGGCACUCCAUCACAUUGAACAGACGUCGUCGGAAGGCCACGUUGGCUCACUGGCGGAGAACGUCCUUGAAGUCCUGUGUGAGGAUGCUGCACUCAAGGCGAAGGUCAAGGAGUGCCGCGAUCACACUCGCUCCGAGAAGAAACGUCGCGCCAUGGCUAUGCGUCAGAAGCAGCUGAAGGAGCUCGGCAUGAACGUGAAUCAACAUGGACAAGUUGUGGCCUCCGUGUCCGCUGUGGAGGUGGAGAUGGCUGCGCUGGUUGAAGAGUCCGGUCUCAAGUGUGUCAUCUGCCAUGAAGGCUACAAGAACCAGCCAAAGAAGAUUCUCGGUAUCUACACCUUCUCCAAACGAUGCCAGCUCGACGACAGCGAAGGGCGGUCUAGGAAGAACAUGGGAUACUAUACUGUGUCUCACUUCAACGUGGUUCACUAUGAAUGCCACAUGUCUGCUGUUAGACUUGCUCGUAUUCGUGAUGAGUGGGAAAGUGCAGCUCUGCAGAACUCCAACACAAAAUGCAAUGGUCUCAUGCCUAUCUGGGGGCCUUCUGUGUCCGAAGCAUCGUUUGGAAACUGCUUAGCAAGACACAACAACAACAUUCAGGAGUUUACUGGUGUUCGGGAGCCUUCCUUCUCGUUUGUUGUGCACGACAUUCGAAUGCUGUUGCUGCGCUUUGUAACUGAGCGCUCGUUCAGCGACGAGAGUGGUGGAGGUGGUCGUCAGAGUAACAUACAGUUCAUGCCCUACAUCAUUCAGAUUGCACUCUAUAUCAUUACAACAACGAGACGGCAAGCGCACGAAGUCAGCCAACUGGCCUCCUUUCUGACCGCUGACAAGAGCAAAUGGGUGUCACUGUGUCACAGUGUUGAGAGCCCAGCAUACUACUUAGUACUGGCUCUCGUACUGCAGACGCCCAAGGCCUGGAAGGCCUGCCGACUGGACAUACUGCGUAGGCAAAUCCUGUAUGCGCAUGCCCGCAAGGACUCUACUUCACCUAUCCAAUGCUUGGCGUCAUCUCAGCCACACGACUUUCAGGUCUACAAGCCCAUGCUGUGUCUAUUCGCCAUGGUAGACCGAUGCCAGGAUCUCUUGAAGGCAAAUGUUGAUGUCGGCGAGGAUGAAGAUUUCCCGCAGGCGUGGCUCCUCUGGAUGAGGCACAACGACAUGGCUGUCUUGGAUUCAUGCGACAAGGUUCUUCGAUACCUGUCGGAAAAUUUGAAGAAGUGUGAAUCGCUGGCAGAGUUCUGUAAAGAAGCUGGUUUGCUUCAGGACGUUGACAACCCCGACGAGUUCUUGAGCAGUCUGUUGAAGUCCUGCGCUGCUCAACAGUAGUAGCAAUCAGCAGUGCCCACCUGGUCACGCACUGCUAACACACAUAUUGUCUGUAGCCCUUUUCCCGUAUGUCCAAAGAUAUCCUGCAUUUAUCUACAGUAUUGUACCAAAUGUUAGUAUUCAUCUUGUUCAAGGGCUUGCAGUCAACCUCUAGCUCUGCAUACACCUUUGAAACCGCUUAUAAUAGCAUAAAAUUAAAUUUUGAUUCUUUCCGAAACGAAACAUGAAAUCAUCCACGCUUUCCUUUUUGAGCACAUUAAUUUUUAUGAAACGCUGCUCUGCCACAUACAUGUGUGUUCCUCGCAAGAAAAUAGUUUAGUCUCCAGCUGGUCCAGCACACAUUCCUAGGUCCCAUAAAUGAUUCACUCAUGAUUAUUCUUAUUACUUUAGCUCUCAGCACUCGUAUGUGUGCAUGUGUGUGUGUGUGUAUGUGGUUGUGCAUGUGUGUGUAUCCGUGUUUGGCUGUAGUCGUGUACAUGCGUGUAGUAGGGUACGGUAACUAACAUGUACUUACUGGUGCGUUUGCCUCUUGCUUAGGAUUUUUUUGCAUCGCCCCAUUUCUCAGAUUCUGUGUCUCCACCAUGUGUUUGUUUUUGAAUUCCUCUCGCUUAUACUUUCCCCGCUGUGUCCACCUGCUGUUGCUGCUGCUGCUGCUCUUUCCGCUGGUGCCGGUGCACUGCUGUACGUUGCAGAUAGCAGCCCUGUUCACCAUUGUCCUGCAUACACAGUUACGCAUGUGCGUGUUCUCUCUGUUUCA